AUGCCAGCGCGCAGGCGUCCUCCCGCGGGGUCGCGAUCUGACCUUCCGCCUUUGAAGAUCAUUCGAAAGAUCCUCCUACUUCAGGCAGCUUACUAUGUCUGCGCCUUUGUCCUCAUUUUGUUCACCACCAUCAUAUACGGGACACCUUUCUCUCUCAACUUGGUACUGGGAUGGGACUACCUCAGGGGAGAUACCACGAUUGGGUGGAUGCUAGGACUGGUCUGGAUAUUAAACGGUGUCAUCAAUGUGAUAUUCCUCUUGCUGCUCGUCUCGCGAUCGAAACUGGUCCCUGACUUUGCUCUCACAAUCCACUUUCUCCAUCUGGUGGCUACAGUCGUCUACACUCGCUCAAUCCCAACAAAUCUCCUGUGGUGGGGACUUCAAUUUGCCAGCGCAGGUAUCAUGACCCUCCUUGGCAUGUGGGCUUGUCAGCAUCGUGAGCUCCAACCGAUCAGCUUCGGUGGGUUUGCCGGCCUCGGCGGUGACAACUCAGCCUCUACUUUACAGCCGUCCUCGAGUGACGCUCACUUGGAGGCGGGGUUCGGUCGCGGUCGAGGUCGUGAACGCAGCCUUCAAAGUGGAUUUGAUGAGUACGAGAUGACUGGCUUGAAACCCGAUGAGCGAACUGUUUAG